AUUUAAUAUAAUAUAUUAUUAUAUCCAGCAAAAUAUAAUUGCUAUCGUUUGUUCGUAUUUAUAUAUUUUCUUGCAAAGCAGAGCCAGAAACAUUUUAUUUGAUUAACGAAUGAAAUAAUAUAAAAAAAACUUAUUUACAUAUAUAUAUAUAUAUAUAUUUUAUUCAAUUAUUGCAGUCAACUAGCCAACCAUAAAAUAUAUAUUUCACGUAUAACAACAUUUAUAUAUGCAAAUGUUAGUACAUAUAACAGUAAUCGUUUGUCAGUAAAGUCUCACGUAAAAAAAAAAAAAAAAGAAAAAGAAACAGUUAAAGACCAAACGGAAUGCAUGCAACAACUAGGUGAACACCAACACCUGUAUCAAUAUUUUGACAAACAAUAUUAAAAAGAUAACUCAUUGUAAGAUAUAUAUUGUGAAGAAAAAGAACACAACGGAAAUAUUAGUAAAAAGAAUUGAAAUAUUAUAAAAAGAAUCGAGAGAGAAUAUUUCAAAGCUUUACUCGAGCGAGUGCUCAACGGUUUAAACGAAUUCGCAUGUAUAUCGGAAAACAAGCGAGGAAGGAAAAAACAAAAAAUAUAAUAUAUAUUAUUCGUUACCGAUUUGUGUUAUUCGAGGUUAUAUAAAUGUAUGUACGUCUCUUGAAAUAUUUUAUUUUUAAAACUACUUAGUCCUCUUCCAAAACUCUUACUCGAUUUAAAUACAGCAAUUUAUUGCGACAUGCUGACUUGGCGAACGAUGCAAAUAACUCAAAGGUAAUUCUCGACGACAGCGCAGUAUUAAAAGGAACGAGGAGGAGCAUGAUCGAUAUUAAAGAAUCAAACAAGGAAGAUGAAGAACUACUGUUACCAGAUAUUGGUACCAAGAAAUUCAAUAAAUAUUCCGAGUUAAACCUCGAGACUGUGAUUAUGAAAGGAGUUGUUAAACAAUUGGAAAAGUGGCCUUCUUAUCUUUUCUUUGUCUUUUUUAUUGGUUGCAUUAUAAUGGUGAAUCUUGUCUUGCUCGUUAUUGCAACUGCUACUUUUUCUUUACCUACGAAUACUACGAACAUUAUUAAUAAUCGAGAUGAAAUUAAUAGUAGAUCAAUUAACGUAUACUCGGUUAAACAAGAAGAUCGUAUUUGGUCUAUGAUAGAUCUCUGCUACAUUGAAAGUGCAGCACGUGAGAAUCCAGAAUUAAAUAUCAAUCUAAUUAACAUAUAUAAAGAAAAACCUAAAGAAAAUACUAAGCAAGACGUUUUAGUAACGAAGAAAUUCGAGCCUGAAACUAUAACAGUUACAAAUACGAACAAAAAAAGCAGAUCUUUAAAAAUAAUGCUAGAAGCUCGUUUGAGAGAUGAACUUGUUUUUAAAUAUGAAAACAUUAAUACCCAGAAUAUCAUCGUAGACAAUUUCUUUCAAGGUACCAACCUUUCUAAAGUUGUCGGAAAUUUAAAUAAUAAAAUCUUAAAACUAGCUACCGAAGCGUAUUUCAUUUGGAAUUCUUCCGGAAUUGCUAUUAAUCCUAAAUUAUAUUGCAAUUUGAAAUAUAUUUCACAUGUUAUGUGCAGAAAAGAAAAUGAAAAAUGUGUAUUGGAUGCAUUGGCAACUAUCGAUCCUCAAAAUGAUAUUCAAGCUGCUGGAGUACCCUGUCAAGUAUUUCUAGGAUAUUUUAUAAAUGAAAUAUCGAAAAACGAUUCGAUUCAUAAAGGAGAGGCAUUGUUAAAGUCCAUAAACAGUUUUUGUCCGCGGACACAUUCUUGUAAUGAAAUUAGAAUAUUGAAAGAUGUUAAAACGUGCACAUUAAAUAGCUCAAAGUGUCCAAUUGUUUACAAUUACUUGCUACCUCAUUUAUAACAAAAGUAUUCUAAUGAAUAUCGUAAGUAAUUAUAUUUUUUGUAAGAGAAUUACACAGAUUAAAUGAAAUUUAAUUGUUUAUAUUUAAUGCGUCGAAUAAAAAAAUA